AUGGAUAGCGGACGAAAUGCUUACAUGAUACUUCGUGUAGUCCCACCCCCGGCAGGGAGUGUUGGGAGUGCAGGAAGUGCAAGAAGAGUUACCCUGUCUGAGCCAAGGACACCCUCAUCAGGGUCAAGGGCAGAGGUGAGGGUAUCAUCAGGUCAGUUAUCCAAGAAAAGUUCUGCAGGAUCAGUCAGAGUUAUAAGUGCCAGCAGUGCAAGGAAAUCACCAUCAACUCCAGAUUAUAUGAAACCAAUUGUCCGCAGUGCUGUGAGAAGAUGGAAGCGACUGCACGAACAAAGUAUGAUGAAACGUUUAGUUGGGAUGAGAAAUGAGAAAAAAGAACAUUUACAAGCAGCCAAGGAAGAUGCCCGAAAAUUAGCAAGGAAAAUUCCAACAGAGCUUUUGGCCAAAGAAUGGCUCCAGGACAAUCAGGCCACUGUGGAAGUGAGAGCAUAUUUGGUUGAUAAGGUUUUUCCCACUUUGAUUCUGGGAGUAGAGAAGUUACUGUGUGAAGCAGAUAAACGAGGGCUGUCGGAGGUGGCAAUAAUGGAUCCUAAUUUCAACCCUCUGAACUUCCUGGCUCAGUAUCUGUUGAGGAAUAAUCCAAAGUACAGCAACUUUUCUGAGGCCUCGCCGUACGUUCGUGGUUUGCGUGAAGUAGCAGAGGAAUUACGUAAACAGCUCUUCCUCUUGGAAGAUAACAGAUUGGCUCGUAUCAAGGCUGAAGCGAGGCUGAAACGAGAAGAAAGAGAACGUAAAGAGAUGCUACGAGUUCAGGAGAAACAGAGGAGAGAAGACUGUCUCUUUAAGCAGUUCAAUGAAUGGAUGCUCACGUCUGAUGGCAAAGUAGAGCUUGCAUUGGUUCAAAACACUCUUAGGUCAUUUGCUGAAAUGGUUGAACUUUUCCCUGAGGAUCUGAAAGAGGCCGCGAGGUUUGGAGCAGCCAUUGAACCAACAGAUGAAAGUGGGCGAAUGCUCACAGUGAAGGAAUUUCAUCAGUAUUUAUCGACAUAUAUCGACUCCUUGCCAACGGAAAUAUUUGACCAGUUCAUGAUCCACAUGUCCAAAUGUGCACGGGCACAUCGCCUAGCAACGGAGAGAGAAGCUCGGCGGAUUAUUCUCACAAAUCUCUUCCUGGCUUGUGAUCGUAGUGGGAUUGCCAUCCUUGAUCGGCACCGCGUCCUCGAUCUGUUUGAAAGUUUUUGGGAUGCAGCCAAUGACGAAGUCAGACGCAGCCUCCGCAACCCAAGGAGAUGGCCGGUGGUGGAGGUUGAGGAGACUGAGGACUCCCUGAGUGAUGACGAGGACCUUGGUAUGCUGGAUGAUGUGCAGGAGAAAGACGAAGAAAAGGAGGAUGGAGCCCAGUCUGCAGCAGAUGGAGGGAAGGUGGAAGAAGCUCAGCUGGAAGAACAGAAAGACAGUGUUUCAAAUUUUGCAGAAGAUAGCCAGAAACCUGAAUCAGCUGAGAAAGGAGAUGACAACCAAGUAACAGAGGGUGAGCCAAGUAAGGAUGAGACUCAGGAAGAACAGCAGGAGAAGAAGGAAGAACAGCAGGAGAAGAAGGAAGAAGGAACAGAAGAAACGAAAGAGGUUGAAGAAACAAAACCUGCUGAAGAUGGACAGGUGGCAGAAAGUGAUGAACAAAAAGAUGAGGGGAAGGAGAAGUCUGAUGAAGAAAAGAAAGAUGAACAAGGAGAAGAAAAGAAGGAGGAAGUAAAAGUGGAGGAGCAAAAUCAGUCAACUGAGGAGCAGAAGACAGAUCCCGAGAAGCCAGCUGAUGUCGAAGUGUCUGAAAAAGAGCAGACAACUCAGGGUCUGCCGGAGAAGGAACAGGAUGAAGCUGAACCCACAGAGGCUGACAAUACCCUGAAGCUGGACCUGAAGACCACCAAUGAUGACAUGGUCCCACCAGGAACUACCCAGACCGGUCGACUCAGUGUCACCUUCGCCGAGGGCACGGAGUUCGAGAGAGAGAUUCAGACAGCUGGAACUGUCACCAGUAUACAGUCGCAGAUGUCAGCAUUUGACGAGCACACUCUGAACGUGUCUCAGUUUGUCCAUUUGACCGAGACAUUUAUCGGAGACAGGCCCGAAGCGAGCACUUUUGAGACGCUGCUCAGGUACAUCAAGGAAGGCUAUGAAGAAACAGAGGAGGAGAAACUGGACAGACUUUUGAAGGCAAGGAAGGAAGCUCUGGCCUCCAAGCGCAAGGUUCAGAUGGACAACCUGUUUGAGAGAUGGGACAACGACGGAUCAGGGUACCUAGACCUGGACGAGGUGGAGACAGUGAUGUUGAAGUACAAGGAUGGCCAAGAAGCUGAAGCGAUCAGCAGAGCCAAAGACAAACUAAGCAAGCAGUCCAAGUACCACGAUCAGAGGCUCAGCAAGAGAGAGUUCCGGACAUUCUUUGACUUGGUGGUUGACGAGAUCCCAGGAGAUUCAUUUGACUAUCUUAUAGAGUUCCUAGCCAGCAGCAUUGAGGAUGCUGAGGCUCACGGCAACAACAAACGCAUCAGCGCCAACAUCGCCAUGCUGGAACGUAACGUCCACUUCCCAGCCCGGGGCGAUGUGUGUCUGAGAUAUGUCGCUUCAACUCCAGAGGACGCAGACUAUGUCCUCACCAAGGUCCUCCACAAGGACAUGAAGGGAAUCAGUUUUGCAGCAGUUGAGUCCGGCAAGCCGAUCCACGUCCCCCGUGUCGCCAACCAUGGUAACAUCCAUUUCUGGAACAACCAUCGUCAUAGAGAUGAAAGAGAGGGAUCGUUUAUUGUGAUUCCUCUAAAGGAUGGACGGAAGCGGGUGUUCGGUAUCAUGGGAAUCGACACUCUCAGCGAUCCUCACACAAAGGCCAUUUUCAUUACGCAUGAGAUUCAGUUCUUUCAGGGUGUGGCAAUAAUAGCGUUUAGUGUUUGCGCAAGUUGCGUGGACAUGCGGAUCAUCACGGAGAGCGCGGUGUCGUGGAUCCAGCGCCGCAGCCCGCACGUGACAGAGGUGGUGUUCUACAUGGUGGAGCCUGAUGGGAAGGGGCAGGACUACGUGCUUCGGAAGAUGAUGAUGACAGACAACCGUGGCAACCCUGUCCAGCCGGAGAAUCCAGCUAGACUGGAGAGGAAGGAUAACCUGUUCAGGGACUAUCUGUUCAAGGCUGUGGACAACUCAGAGUCAGUGACAGCUGAUGCGUAUGGUGAGCGCCACCUGGCGUUCCCUCUCCGAGACGAUCAGGGCCGAGCUGUAGCCAUCAUUGACAUCAGUAUAGGGUCGAUGAAGAAACUCCCCGCCCACGAGAACAAAGAAGCACUGCGGAUGCUGAGACUGCUGCAGAUGGCUCACAAAGAGAUUGCUUCCGAGUUUGCAGGAGAGGAAUCCAUGAGGAUUUUGGAUGCUGAGAAGGACGACAAUGCUCGGAUGGACAUAAUGUUUGACCGUCUGAUGCUGAUGGAGCUGAGGGAGAACGUGUCCAAGUUGGACACCCAGGCGUACGCUGAGCUAAAGAGUUACAACGAGCCACCGGCAAUCAUCCUGGACAUCCUGAAGGCCACCAUCGCUAUCUUCUACCUGGAGAAGGUGGAGACAGGGGAGUUUGAUGACUGGACCAGAGUGAAGGGGCUGAUCAAUGGUGACCUGAGUCAGAAGAUUGCUGACUUUGACCCCACGGCUCAGGAAGACCUCCUGCCCUCAGAGAAGUUCGAACAUUAUCUCAGAGAUGUGCCUCAUGGUGAAGUUGCCAAAUAUGGUUCCCUGCCGGCACAGCAUAUGUACAACUGGGUGUUCGUCUGUCUGUCUCUCAUCGAACACACGCGUAAGAUGAGACAGAACAAGAUGGAGAAUGCAGUGCCGACUGAGGGAGAUUCAGCAGCUGAGGACUAGAAACUACUUUCCAUAACACUAUCACAGAAACUACUUUCCAUAACACUAUCACAGAAACUACUUUCCAUAACACUGUCACAGAAACUACUUUCCAUAACACUAUCACAGAAACUACUUUCCAUAACACUAUCACAGAAACUACUUUCCAUAACACUAUCACAGAAACUACUUUCCAUAACACUAUCACAGAAACUACUUUCCAUAACACUGUCACAGAAAUUACUUUCCAUAACACCAUCACAGAAACUACUUUCCAUAACACUAUCACAGAAACUACUUUCCAUAACACUAUCACAGAAACUACUUUCCAUAACACUGUCACAGAAACUACUUUCCAUAACACUGUCACAGAAACUACUUUCCAUAACACUAUCACAGAAACUACUUUCCAUAAGACUAUCACAGAAAUGACUUUCCAUAACACUAUUAGUUAAACUACUUUCCAUAGCACUAUCACAGAAACUACUUUCCAUAACACUAUGACAGAAACUACUUUCCAUAACACUAUCACAGAAACUACUUUCCAUUACACUAUCACAGAAACUACUUUCCAUAACACUGUCACAGAAAUUACUUUCCAUAACACCAUCACAGAAACUACUUUCCAUAACACUGUCACAGAAACUACUUUCCAUAACACAGUCACUGAAUUCACUUUACAAAAAAACUAUAACAAAAGCUACUCUCAGUAAGACUGAAUUAUUAUAUUAUGAGAAAUAUACUGCUGUGUCAUCCACAAUCAACUUGUCAUUGUAUAGUUUUAUAUUCUUUCCUGAAAAAUUCUGAAUCGAAGUGAUUAAAUCUGUAUUUGAUGUCAUUUUUGUAUCAUAUGUAUAUUAUCAAUUCUUACUUCAAAUUUCCAGUAUUAUGAUUUUAUAUUUCACCAUUUCUGACCAGUAUAUAAUUUUAUUCAUUUUCCAAAAUAUCUAAUAAAUAUUUUCGCAGCUAGAUCACACCAAUUUGAACUUCCAGGGACCAAAGCAUGCCUUCAUAUUAUUUGAUCCAUUGCCUUUCCAACAUUAUGCAGUACUCUGCAAUUAUCCAACUGCUGAAAUGGUUGAAAUUUUGCUGCAACAACCUACCAUAUAUAUGAACGAUUAUUUUCAUGUAGUUUUGUCUUUCAGUAUUUAUCUUGUACGAAAUUUAUAUUUUAGAUAUCUGCAGUAUUAAUCUAGUGGCUGUGUACAUUUCUUGCUGACUUUGUAUCUAUGUACAUAAAUCUGGGUGACCUUUGUAGGAUGGUUGUAAAUAUUGUGAACUGAAUGAUUAGCAUUGUUAGGAACAUUGAAGGUGUGUUUUAGUGGAAAUAAAAUCCUCAAUUUAAA